AUGAGAUCUCAAAGUGAUAAUUCUAAAAAGACUAAUUCUGAAAUAAUAUCAAAGGCCAAUUUCCUUUAUACUAGAGCUCUAAUGUGGCCUCAAUUGAUGGACAUUGAUUUAAAGAUUAAUCAUCCUAUCUAAAGUGUUUAAUUGAAUUAAUAAAAUUAAAGAGUAAUAAAAUUUGAUGUUAUAAGGACUAGAGGAAACUUGCUUGAUUAAAAUCUGAAAACUCAACUUGAAUAGCUACUUACAUAUUAUGUGGUUUCAAAUCAUAUAACUUACAAAUAAGGAUUGCAUGAAAUAGCAGCCCCAUUUAUAAUAUUUAUCAAAGCAGGUUUAGAUGUAUCGGUUGUCUAUUCUAUGUUCAAUGAAUUUAUUAGAAGAUAUAUGACUAAUUUUUUUGAUGAUGAUUAUUCAGGAAUCUAAUCAAUUUUAUCAGUUUACAAUUUAUUAUUGAAAUAUCAUGAUAUGGAACUGUACAAUAGACUAACUUUACAUGACAUAUCCCCUUAAUUAUAUGCCAUACCAUGGUUUAUUACUUUAGGCAUUAAUAAGGCUUCCUUUCCAAUAGCUUAAAUGAUAAUAGAAAACACAAUUCUGAUAAAUGAUAGAUAUUUCAUUUUUAGUUUUAACAUCGCAAUAGUAAUAUAUAAAAAACAAGAAAUUUUAAACAAUAAAGGAGACAAUUUACCAUAUUUUAUGUGUAAGAUAUUUUUGGAUGACGAAAAAAUCUAUUAUGAUAUUAUUAGAAUUGCAAUAAAAAUUCAUACAUAUACGCCAAAACAAUUUUGGAUUUACUUGGACUCCUUAAAUCUAUUUAAUCACCAUGCCAAACCAAUAUUUUUGGAAUAGGAAAAACAGCCCUUAUUAGAGUUGAUUUAAAUAUCCCCUUAUGAAGUUUAGGACAUGAUUAACUAACAUAUUCUAAUAACAGAGAAAUGGGAAAUCUAAGAUGUAAAUCACCCUUAAGUAUAAAAAAUUAAAUAAAUAUUCAGUAAAUAAAUUUAUAAUCCUUAAUAACCUGUUUUGAUAUUUGAUUAUUUAGCUGAUGAAUUAAGAGAUAAGAUUGCUUAAAAUACAUUAGUUCAUAUUGUAGAUUUAUCUAGGCAAAAUUUAUUAAAGAUCUUAUAACAAUUAUUCAAUUUUAAGAUGACAAAUAAGCUCUGGAUUUGUUUGUUUACAAACACAGACAAUGAACAUUUAUUCAAUCCAAUAUACGUAGCAUUACAGGAGGCAAACACCAAAUACAUUUGUAAAUGUGACAAAAAUCUGUUUAUUGAGUUAUAUUAAUUAUAAAUUUGA